AGUGCUGCCCAUCAGUCAAGCCGGUUUUUGCAUUCAUCCUUUUGUGCAAAUAAAAUGAGCCUGACCAAACGUCUGCUUCACAGUACCCCUCGUUUAAUCUUCCCCAAGAGAACGCAUCCCUCGGCGGACCGCAACUCGCAACCGAUUUCGGAGGCGUUACUUUCCCAAGUGGACAAAACCACCGAGAAUUUGCAGUUGCUUGAAAUUGGUUCGGGAUCCGGACAACAUGCAGGAUUCCUGGCUCCACUGCUGCCAAACAUCACCUUUCAACCGUCGGAGUACGAAAGGUUUCACUUCGGAUCGAUUUCCGUCUAUGUGAAGGAGUGUUUAACCAAAAAUAUCAAAGAACCUCUCCUUGCGGACAUCUCAAAGGAACCCAAAGAUUGGGAAGUUCCCCCAACACCUGCCAGCUACGAUUACAUGUUUAACUCCAACAUGAUGCACAUCACUCCGUGGGAAUGCUCUAUAGGCCUCUUUCGGGCUGCCGGGCAGCUUUUGAAAAAGGGCGGAAAGAUGUUCACCUAUGGACCAUAUGCGGAAGAUGGCGUGCUUACCCCUCAGAGCAAUGUCAACUUCGACUCUAGUCUGCGAAUAAGAGAUGAAUCCUGGGGAGUUCGUGACAUCAAGGAUCUAAAAGUCUUGGCAAGCGAAAAUGGACUGGAGCUGGAGAAGAUCGUGGAGAUGCCGUCGAACAAUAAGUUUCUGACCUGGCUUAAGCUAUAAAAUAGUGCACUAGACUAAGGCUAUUGGGCGGUUACCCCCUCUUAGAUAACACAUUGUUGAUUUGAAAGUAAUAAAAUUUAUUGCCAUUA